CACGCCCUACGGUCGUCGCGCUCCUCGGAAGAUGUCUGCUGAGGUUGAGGCGGGUCUGGCCGUACGCCGGCCUCCGCAGCCUCCGCCACGGCCCCAGCCCCAGCAUCAGCAGCAUCUCAGUGAGGCCCCGACCGCCGGCCUGCCAACAUGCCCCCCACCUUCCACCACGACCUGCGCGACGACGACCAUGACUUCCACCAGGUCCGGGGCGGCGAGGACGGCGUGCGCGUGCUGAGGGCCGCCCCCGCGCUCACCCCGCAGGCCUUCCGACUGCCGCCCCUGCGCCGCCGCCCCGCCGCCUCCCUGCGCGCCCCCAGCAUGCUGCUGCGCCGCCCUCGCCGCUGGCUGCAGCUGUGCGGCGGCACCGUCAUGGGGCUCAUCGUGGGCCUCCUCGUCGGCACGGCAACCAGGGUCCCAGACGCCAGCCGCCAAUGCUACCCCAGCGACCCCCCGGUCGGCGCGGCCCAUGGUUCCGCCCCUGUCAGCUCGGCGGGCUCGGGCUUCGGAUUUGGGUACGGGUUCGGGUCUGAGCGGUGGACGCCGCCGCCAAGCCCGCCCGGCUACGGCGACGACCACGACCCGCUCCACCUGCUGCAGCCCAACAGCGUGCCGGGGGACCGGCGCGGGCUGGUCAUGGUGGGCGUGAUGACGGCCGACAAGUACCUGCCGACGCGCGCCGCUGCGGUCUGGGACACGUGGGGCAAGGAGCUGCCGGGCGGCAUCGCCUUCUUCUCGGCCAGCUACUCGCGGCCGCCGCCGAACCGCCCCGACCUGCCUCUCGUCGCGCUCAAGGGGGUGGACGACUCGUACCCGCCGCAGAAGAAGUCCUUCCGCAUGCUGGAGUACCUCUGGGAGCAGUACGGCGACCACUACGAAUGGUUCCUCCGCGCCGACGACGACGUGUACGUGCGCCCGGACAAGCUGGAGAAGCUGCUGCGCUCCGUGGACAGCUCCAAGCCGCAGUUCAUCGGGCAGGCGGGGCGCGGCAACCAGGAGGAGUUCGGCCUGCUGUCGCUCGAGUUCGACGAGAACUUCUGCAUGGGUGGGCCCGGCGUGCUGUUCAGCAGGGAGACGCUGGCCCGCGUCGCGCCGCACGUCAAGCACUGCCUCAAGAACCUGUACACCACGCACGAGGACGUGGAGCUGGGCCGGUGCGUGCAGCGCUUCGCGGGCAUCCCCUGCACCUGGUCGUACGAGAUGCAGAACAUCCUGUACCACAACUCGAGCGGCAACGACGCCUUCACGGGCAACCUGAAGCACCGGGAGGUGCAUCGAGCCAUCACGCUGCACCCCAUCAAGCAGUACCGGCACCUGUACCGCGUGCACAACUACAUGGGGCAACUCAAGAUCCAGGAGUCGUGGCAGCAGGCGCUGUCGCUGCACCGCGACGUACUGGCCAUGGUGACGCUGCUGGGCCACGACCCAGCCAGCGUCGGGGACGUGCAGCUGGCCAAGAACGUGCCCCUGUUCCCGGCCAAGCGGGGCGACCGCGACUACCUGGGCGACUCGGCGCUGCUGGGCAAGGCGCCCAGCCUCAACAAGUACCGGCCGCGGCGCGAGGCCGACGUGCUUCCCUGGGACUUCAUCUCGCGCUCCUUAUUCUCGGCGGGGCACGCCAACCCGCGGCGCCGCGUCGAGUCGGCGCUGCGCGAGGGGCUAGACGACGUGGUGCGCGAGGUCAUGGACACCAUCAACGCCUUCUCCAAGCAGCGCGGUCGCGUCAUCGAGUACCGCGAGAUCCUCUACGGGUACCACCGCCUCAGCCCCCUGUACGGCGCCGACUACAUCCUCGACAUGCUGCUCGUGUACAAGAAGUACCGCGGCAAGAAAAUGACGGUGCCGGUGCGGCGCCACGCCUACCUGCAGCAGCAAUUCACCGGACUUGAGAUUCGCGAGACGGUGGAGGGCGAGGAGGUCGGCAAGCACUCGGAGCAGCCCGAUCUGACGCAGUCCGAGGACGGCGAGGACGCGGGGCCGCCCCAGCAGGGCUUCAGGGAGGCGUUCGAGAGCGGUCUGCUCAAGAUCGGCGACGCGCUGCCGGCCAUCCUGGGGCGUUCCGGGGGGCUCGACGAGGACCCGCGCGACGAGGCGGGCGUGCGCCGGAAGGCCAUCAACUUCAUCCUGCCGCUGGCCGGGCGCCACACCACCUUCCGGCGCUUCGUGUCCGUCUUCGAGGAGGUGUGCCUGCAGAACGACGAGAACGUGUCGCUCUUCGUCAUCCUCUUCCCCAGCGAGGUCGAGGUGUCCGUCAACGAGACCGUCACGCUCAUGUCCUCGCUACAGCGCCGCUACCCUAAGCACCGCCUCGCCGUCGUGCCCGUCUUCGACAGCUUCGCCCGCGCGCUCGCCCUGGAGAUUGGCGCGGCCCAGGUCAAGGACGGCGAGGACGACCUGCUGUUCUUCGUGGACGUCGACAUGGUGUUCAGCAGGGCGACGCUGGAGCGCAUCCGCGUCAGCACGAUCCGCGGCAAGCAGGUCUACUUCCCCGUCGUGUUCAGCGAAUUCGAGCCCGCCACCGUGUACCGCGACCAGGGCCUCACCGUGGCGCCCAACCACUUCCUCAUCAACCAGGACACCGGCUACUGGCGGCAGUACGGCUUCGGCAUCGUCAGCGUCUACAAGAGCGACCUGCGGAAGGUGGGCGGCUUCGACACGUCGAUCCGCGGCUGGGGCAAGGAGGACGUGGACCUGUUCGACAAGUUCGUGGCCGCGGGGGACAACCUGACGGUGUUCCGCGCCGCCGACCCCAACCUGGUGCACGUGUUCCACAUCGUGGACUGCGACCCCGAGCUGGAGCCGGCCCAGCUGAAGAUGUGCAAGGGCACGCGGGCCGACACGCUGGGCGGCGUGGACCAGCUGGCGCAGCUCAUCUUCUCGCAGGGCCAGGGCAAGGCCGUGCUGGACUUCGCCAGGAAGCGGCGCACCAUGCCCGCCCCGACGCCCGCCGCGCUGCCCUCGGCCUGAGGAGUCGUCCGCAUGUUACGUAACGCCCUCUGUCUCUCUCGCAAUCAGUGACUGAUCACAAGGAGCAAAACGGACAGAGCUAUGAAAUGGCGUUACCUAAUUUGUGGACGGCCCCCAUGGCUCCUCCCGCGCAAGGCGGAUUAGUGAUACAUGUACAAACUGGCGUUGCGGCCGCAUAGCUAGUCUAGGGAAGUCGUGUGAUACUUUUGUACUUCGAAGGCUUUGCGUACCACCAUGUACUCUGAAAAAUUUGUUGACGCCUUGUUCAGUAGCUGCUGGUCAGUCUACAUUAUUUUCUAGUCCCGGGGAUUACAAUUAAGGUUUAUAGUUGUCCCAAGGCUUAUACCUUGGGUCGUUACUUAAUUAGGUUGUGAUGAAUAAUGAACAUUAAAAGGAAACAACAUAUUUAAAAAAAAAAAGUGUGUAGCUCUUAAAGUAGAGAUAAGAGGUUCUACAAAUUUCAUGCCAUUGGUAACGUCUCAGUAUGUAUAUCAUAUCCUAGGAUCGAAUGAAUUUAUUUCAGUGUCCAAAAUGAACCAUGUUUCUGUUUGAGCGUACUGUGAUAUGAACUUGCCUUAACUGUAAAACGUAAUGACUGAGCAAUUAUGCCAAGCCAAUUUUGUAAGAAAAUAAAUCAAAAUACUUUUUAAUUUUAAA